AUUUAUUUUAGUCAAAUGAUUUGAAAAAGGUUUAAUCUUAUUAAGAUUAAUAUAUAUGUAUAUGAUAACAUCUGAUGAACAACUAUCUACAUAAUAUGAAGUAUAAAUAAUUUAAUAAAUAAUACUUUAAUUUGAUAUAGUAAGGAGUGAGUCAGGAAGCAGGAUCUACAGACAGGUCCUCCCCGGUCUGUCCUGCAGGACAUGUCCUUCAGGCUGUCGAAGGUCUUGUCUCUGACUCGUUGACUCAGGUUUGGUUUUUGUUGCUGAAUGUUUCUGGAUCAGAACGUCUGAAAGGAAACGAGUCGACUGAUCCGUGUCCUGACGUCAGGUUCACACAGCUGGAACUGAUCCACACACCUGAUGACAUCAUGAGCCGGUGGCGUCAUUCAGUGGACGAGCUGGCAGCGCGGCGCCGGCAGCAGGGCGAGUGUGAGCGUGCACAGGAAGCUCUCAGUCGGGUCACUUCCUGUUUCCAGCAGCUGGCAGCGUCGCUCGGCAGCUCAGCUGACUGCAGCUUCCUGAGAGACGAGAUGGACGAGACGAGAGCGCUGGCUCACCGGAUCUGCUGCGGUCUGUCGCGGCGUCUGAUGCGUCUGCUGUCAGGCAGUGACUCCCCCCCCUCGGAGGACAGACAGGGUUCGGAGCGUCUCUGGGUUCUCUUACUGUCGGCGCUGGAGAACUUCCUGUCUGACCUCUGGAAAGCGAGUGAUCUGAUUGGACAGUUCCCUCUGACGCAGCGCUACGACAGACGCUUGUUGGUGAACACAGGGUGCAUGGAUGGUGUGGUGGGCGUGGCUGCUCGGGUGGCGUUAGUCCAGGUGCCAUGGCUCACCUUAGAGGAGGAGUCAAGUCCUGAUCUAACCAAUCACAUCGCUGGACUGGAGACGAUGCUGCGCGAGAUGCAACUGAGGGUGCCCGUUGCGUUUUGGUCUGUGGAGGCGACUCAGCCGGCCUGGGUCGAAGGUCGCGGGGAGGUGGACGAGCCACAUGACACCCUGGAGGAUCUGAUGGAGGUCGAGGUCGUUGCCAACAACAUGGCCGCCUGCUGCCAGCCGCCAUGCUGCGGACUGGGCUGUGUUGGGUAGAACGGGGGGGGAUUCAACUCAUCUUUAUUCAUACAAACAGGAAGAAGAAUUAUUAUCAAUCAACAAAUCGUUGUCAAUGAUCACUAAGAAACAAUUUCAUCUCGUUCAAACUAAAUGUUCUAUAUUUUAAACCAUAUAAUAAAAUGGUUACAACAGGAAGUAUGAAGAUUAAGUUAAGUAAUAAUUAUUUCACAUAAGUGAUUUUGAAUAAAAAGCUGUAAAAUGUUUCAUUCAAACCUCAGCGAGGACAAUCGUAUCUUAUUUUGAGUUACAAAUAUUUAUGUGAAUGAACAGGAAGUAAAAACCGGGUGAGUGUAGAACUGUUGCCUCCUGAGAGGAACAGCUGAUCAGUUUGUCUGAACACUCGACUGAAGGUUCCUGAGCUUUCAACCACUUGACAUGAGCUGCGCUGGAGAGGGACUCGACCUCGAGACUGAACUUUGUUUCAGCUGAGAAAUUCAAUUAAACCAUAUUGAACUGGUGUGAAUACACAGGGGAGGAAAUUCAUCACAUCGUCUUUGUAGAGAAACAAACUGAGUAAUCGGCAAUAACACAAACAAGAAAUAACAGAAUAGAGACACUGGCAGUGGUUGUAUAGCUUCACACAGUCAUAAACAUAUACAUCUUUUAACACCGUACAAUUAUGGAUAUACACACCAGAAAACAUCUGAAUUGUUAAAAUAAAAACAUGAGACGUCAUGAAGCCUUCAGCCAAUCAGAGCAGAGUUGUGACCGGUGCAGCAGCUGGAGAACGUCUGUAAAGGUCACGUGACCUGGUGACGAUCUGCAGCGCUGGGUGACAGACUGGAACAAGCAUGCGUUGUGCUGGGA